UUUAACCCUGAGGUGGUACACUGUAUUUGAUGCUCAGUGCCAAAUGUUUUUUCUUCACGAUAGAUUUCCUUGACGGUAAACCGCAGUUUGGUCAGCAUUAAUAGUAAUGCAUGGUUGAUGCUGUAGUCUACCUAACUAAUGCUGCAAAUGCAGUGUUGUCAGCAUUAUGCCUAGAGUCAGGUAAUGAAGAGUUGGUAUCAUAGAUCACUGUGUGUGCGGGUGUGUAAGGUGUGUGAGGUGUGUGAGAGAUCCAGGGAAGUAUGUUGUGGUGGAGGUCAGACAUACAGAGAGGAAGUGUGAAAAACAAAUAUGUCUGCCCUUCUUCUGUCUCCUCCUCACCUGAAGAUGGACAGAAACCCCAGAGCACAGGACAGGGACCGUUCAACGGGUGCAGACUACUGUACAAUCAAAGAGGAGAAGGUAGCUGUAGUUUACUGUGGUCAAAUACGGACAAACUCCUUGGCUCAGUCAUCUCAAUCAGCCUUGUCUGACAGCAUGCAUCGCCUGCGUGUCUCAAUGUUGGUCUGCUUCAUACUCCUGGGAUUCCUCAGUUUCACAGGAGCAGAAGAGACAGAGACUGCUACAAAGGAAGGCAAAGGCAGGGAAAAACGUGAAAUGCCCAACUGGGCCCUUUGGUCGUCAGACUUCACAGGCUGGUUGCAGGAGCUGACUGCCCAGGCUGGUUACGACCGGAUCCAGGACCUGGCCAGAACCUACUGGGCCCACUUCCCUAUUGCCAGUUACCUAGGUUACGACAGCCCCGACGAAGACACAGAAGAAUCUAAGGGGGUACCGGAAUGAAGCUUGGGUCAAAUUAAAUCAUUGGAGAAGUUUUAAAAUCACUGCCUUUUAACUAUUGUCUGAAUAUUGCAUUGAUCAAACUAUACCCUGAACAUAUUUAGUAGCAGACAGGCAUGCAUGCACACACAGUUAAUGCUAUAAAUCUCCUUUAAACAAA